AACGUACCUUCAAGCUCAAUGCGAUAUCGACGACCCACGCGAGUACCGCAAAUAGACUGGAAGAGUGCCGCUCAAACAGAAUUCAUCUCUGCCACCCGGCAAUAAGCCGAACAAAGGAUGCUGACGAUGCACCGCCCUCCCUUGUUCGAGGAAGAACAAAGACAAGUCCAAACCAUGGUCCGAAUGAGCACUGCAUUGUGUCUUCAGUUUUGUCCAGGCUGCAUGGGAUGUACUGCAAGUGUGGAGUCCAAAGCCGAAGAUGUCUAUCACAUUGCAAAUAAUGGAAGAAAGGGCACAGCUCUCCCUUUGUGCAUCCUCGUAUUCAUUGGGGGUGAGGCUGGUGAGGCUGGUGGUUUGAGUAGGUAGUACAGAGGGUCCUGGUACCAUUACAGAAUUUUCC